AUGGAGUCGACUCUGCGAAAAAAAUUUUUAAACUUGGAAGAAAAAAUGCUGGUGGUGAAAAAAUUAAAUGAUGGAGUUAGCAUACGAAAAAUUGCUGAAGAAUUUCGUUGCGGAAAAACUCAAAUUGCAAAUAUUCGUGAAAAUAAAGAAUCUGUAAAAAGGCAGUGGGAAGCGGGAGUGCCGAAUGAGACAGGUCUUUAUUAUCGCAGUUUACCACAACGUUCACUUGUUUUGAAAUCUGAUAAAAGGAAAGGCAUCAAGACAGCCAAAGAAAGAAUAACUGUUCUUUUAGCUUGCUCUCAGACAGGGGAAAAAUUGCCACCUUUGGUCAUUGGCUAUGCAGAAAAUCCUCGAUGUUUUAAAGGAAGAAAGAUCCUUCUCUUUGUUGAUAAUUGUUCUGCUCAUCCAGAGAUUUCCAUGUCAAAUGUUAUCGUUAAGUAUUUACCACCAAAAACAACGUCAUGCUUGCAGCCAUUAGAUGCUGGCAUAAUUUCACAAAUUAAAGCUAUUUAUAGGAAAAAGUUAUUGAGACAUGUUUUGACAGACAUGGAAGAAGCAGAUACAGCACGAGAACUAGCAAAAUUUGUUAACCUAUUAAAUGCAAUUAAUUGGUUGGAUGUGGCAUGGAGAAAUGUUAAUCCUACUUCAAUCACAAAAUGUUUUAAUAAGUGUGGUUUUGGAAUAGGAGAAAAUAUAGAUACAGAUGUGCAGCUGAUUGAAACUGAUCCUUCCAUAACCAGCCUUUUGGGUUCUGUUACUUGGGAGAAUUUUGUAACCAUGGAUAACAAUGAUGACUCAACCCAUAGCCCACAAAGUUCUGAAAAUCAUGAACAAUUUAAAGUCCAAGAUGAUGAAGAGGAAAAAGAGGCUCCAGUCCAAGAAGUUUCUACAAAGAUGGCAUUACAAUGUGCCAGGAAGCUAAUUUCCUAUUCGAUACAUAUGGGCAAUAGAGAAUUGUUACAAUUUUCUGAGAACAUUGAAAAUGUUUUAGAAAUUGAAUUGUUAAAAACAAAAUGUUUCGGCAAACAGACAACUAUGAAUGAUUUUCUUCCAUAA